AUGGCUACGGUUAAAUGUUUAUCGUGGAAUGUCAGGGGUUUGGGUGACAUGAUUAAGAGAAGACUUGUAUUUGACUUCAUACGGAAAGUUAAGCCUCACCUUAUCUUACUGCAAGAAACUCAUUUACUCGGGGGUCUGCUGGCUAAGGAUGACAAUAUUUCCAUAGCCAUUCCAGCAGUAACGUUAGCUACGGAAAAAACUGUUUCUACACCACUAGAAAUAAAUACCAGAUUUGCAGAAUAUUAUGCAGAAUUAUAUAAGACUAAAUUGACUGUAUCCCGAGGGGAGGUUUCAGAUUACUUGGAAGACACUAACUUACCCAAACUAGAUGAGUGCACCUCAAACCUCUUGGCAUCUGCCAUAACUCAGGAAGAGGUGGAGAAGGCCAUCACUGCUGCUCCGGCUGGAAAAACUCCAGGCCUGGAUGGCAUACCAAUGGAAUGGUAUAAAAAGUAUGUUAAGCAAAUUGCUCCACUCUUGGCACAAAUGUUUAAUGGGGUGCUUGAAGGGAAGCAUUUUCUGGCCUCGAUGAGGGAAACACUAAUUGUCCUGAUCCCUAAACUGGGCAAGAACCCCCUUGACUGCUCAUCAUAUCGCCCAAUUUCCCUAAUUAACGCUGAUGCAAAAAUAUUGGCGAAAAUCAGCUAUGGAGCCACAGAUCCCAUUUUCACUGACAGAUCGAGGUUCCCAUACUUCUACCGAGUGGUCCCUAAUGAAGGAUAUAUCUAUCGAGCUCUCAUUCAGCUGCUGAAGCACUUUGGUUGGACCUGGGUGGGAAUCAUAAUUGAAUAUAACGAGAGUGAUUAUAUAAAGAGAGAACUAAUCAACCUGAUCACCAGAAAUGGGAUGUGUGUGGAAUUUGUUCAUGAAUUAGAUUGGAAUAAAUGGAGAGUAACAGCCAUGUGGGAAUUUAUAGUCCUAAAAUCAACUGCCAGAGUUAUUAUAAUCAGCAUUUCCAUAGAUAAAUUAUCAGAAGCAUUUUCCUUUCUAAAAGAAAAUUCUAACUUUAGAAGAAUAUGGAUUUUGUCAGUCACAUCAUUAUAUACUGACAUUUUAUAUCAUGAUAUUACAGAAAUCUUGAAUGGAAGUUUUACUUUUCUAGUUUCUGCUGGUGAGAUUGACGGAUUUCGUGAUUUUUAUCUCCGUGCAAACCCUGAUCAGUAUCCAGAAGAUCCCUACAUUUAUGAAAUAUGGGAAUACUUGUUUCAUUGUAUUACUCCUCAAAGUAAAGCGAAGAAUAUGAGUAAUGCACCCAGUAGUAAUGACACUCUACUUGAUGCAUGUGGAAAUGAAAGCCUUGCAUCUGUUCCUCACAUUAAAGAGUCAGAUCUCAGAGUAUCAUACAGUGUGUACAAAGCUGUAUAUUUGUUGGCCCAUGCUCUACAUCUAUUACUCUCAGAGAAGACUUCUCAUGGGGCACCUACAAAGAAAGACCAACUGGAGAGCAAACUGAAUCCAUGGAAGCUGAAUCACUUGCUGAGAAACAUUCACUUUACAUCUUCAUCAUCACAAGAAGAGAUUUACAUCAAUGAGGAAGGAGAAACUCAAGGACAAUAUGAUCUCACAAACUUAGUCAUGUUGCCUGAUCAGAGAGGCACUCAACUGAAUAUGAUUAAAGUUGGAAGCUUCAAUACGUUGACCCCUGAUCAGCUGAUUGUCAAUGACAGCGCCAUCUUGUGGCACCCAGAUUUUACAGAGAUCCCUCAAUCCGUGUGCAGUGACAGUUGUAGCCCAGGAUACUGGAAAAGCUCUAGGGAAGUACCGUUUUCCUGCUGUUAUGACUGUGUGCCCUGCGCAGAAGGACAUAUCUCCAACACAACAGAUAUGGAAACCUGUAUCCAAUGCCCAGAAGAUCAGUGGCCCAAUGACAAUAGAACUGUUUGCAUCCAGAAAAUAACAGAAUUCCUUUCAUAUGAAGAUCCAUUGGGACAGUCUCUGGCUGCAGUCUCAGUUUUCUUUAGUCUAAUUGUCACAUCAGUGGCUCUGAUUUUCAUAAAACAUGACAAAACUCCAGUGGUCAAGGCCAAUAACCAAACCAUGAGCUACACGCUCCUCCUCUCACUCACAUUGUCCUUCCUCUGCUGCUUCUUGUUCAUUGGGCGACCUCAGAAAGUCACCUGCCUGCUCAGACAAGUUACAUUUGGGAUCAAUUUUACACUUUCUGUCUCUUGUGUCCUGGCUAAAACGGUCACAGUUGUCAUUGCCUUUAAUGCCACAAAGCCUGGAAGCAAGAUAAAGAAAUGGGUGGGAACCAGAGUGUCCAUCUGGCUGGUCCUUCUCUGCUCACUGGUCCAGGUUGGGAUAUGCCUGGUCUGGCUGAUCUCCUCCCCACCAUUCCCAGACUAUGACACUCACACUUACACUGGGAAGAUGAUAUUACAAUGUAAUGAAGGUUCUGUCACUGCAUUCUACACUGUGAUUGGUUACAUGGGAUUCCUGUCUGCAUUAAGUUUCAUUGUUGCUUUCCUGGUUAGGAAGUUACCAGACAGUUUCAAUGAGGCCCAGCUGAUCACUUUCAGUAUGCUGGUGUUCUGCAGUGUUUGGGUGUCCUUCAUCCCAGCGUACCUGAGCACCAAGGGCAAAUACAUGGUGGCUGUGGAGAUCUUUGCUAUCCUGACUUCCAGUGCAGGGCUGCUGGGCUGUAUCUUCAUUCCCAAGUGCCACAUUAUCCUCUUCCACCCUGAGCAGAACACACGGAGCUACAUAACUGGAAAACCCUUACAGUGAUUUAUUGCUAACCUUGACCUUAUUUUCUUUGUUAUUUUUAUUAUUGUUAUUAUUAAAGUGCUGCCAAGAAUUUCCUGAGAAAUUUUCUCCAAAAAUGUAACUGAGCAGGAGAAUAUUAUGUUGACGAUUGACUGGUAUACAUAGCUUAUUGGGAGAUAUAUGGGACUCUGGAGGGGGUUCAUGGAUUUAAUACAUGGCUAAAGACAACUAUGAUCCAUCCAUGGCUCAUCUUGUCAUUGACCUAUUAAAGAAUGUAAGUCACAUUAUAACAACACCCUACACAAGAGCCACAUGCAAAGUUUUUUGUAUGCAUAAAUAAAGCAAACUUAU